AAGCCAAUAUGGCGAUUGCGCAGGCGCGCGUCUUGCUCCAGCGGAAGCAGAGGGCAGCAGAGGGAAACUCUGAAAAACGCAAUUUCCUUUAUGAUUCCUAUGCAAGGCUUGUCAAGACGAGGAGAUUGUAGUCGUUAAAAUUUACAGAAAUGCCACCAAAAAGGGGGAAGGUACAAAAAGAAGAGGUGCAGGUCUCUCUCGGACCGCAACUUCGUGAGGGAGAGGUUGUCUUUGGUGUAGCUCACAUCUUUGCUAGCUUCAACGACACAUUUGUCCACGUAACCGAUUUGUCGGGCAGAGAAACGAUCGCUCGAGUUACUGGUGGUAUGAAGGUGAAAGCGGAUCGUGAUGAAGCCUCUCCCUAUGCAGCUAUGCUUGCAGCUCAGGAUGUUGCAGAAAAAUGUAAAUCGCUGGGUAUCACAGCACUGCACAUCAAGCUGAGAGCUACAGGAGGCAAUAAAACGAAGACUCCUGGCCCAGGUGCACAAUCUGCUCUACGCGCUUUAGCCCGUUCAAGCAUGAAAAUUGGUCGGAUUGAAGAUGUUACUCCUAUUCCAUCAGAUUCUACCCGUAGGAAGGGAGGUCGUCGUGGACGUAGGCUAUAAGCUUUUUAUGGCCAUCUAUAUGGUUUAUCUUUCAAUAAACAUUUAAAAAUAAUGAAACAUUGUAUUUCUGUGAAACAUUAUAUAAUAUUUUUCGAAUUUUUA